AGAAUUAUAUGCACUGGCUGAGAAUAUUAAUCAGGAGAGCAAAAAAUCGAAUCACCUAAAAACUCUUGGUAUUUCACCAACUGAAGCACGGAGAAUACUUAAUCAAACCCUGAAUAUCAUGUCACCCACUAGCAGAACAGAUUUGGGAGAAGUUUCCCAACCUGUUUUCAAGCUCAAGGUGGUUAGAAAAGAGGAGGAGGAGAAGCCACCAUCGCUGACGGAUCUCCUACACCGCAGCUUACUGACCGGCUCGCCCUCCCAGCUAGACAGGCUGGGGGAAUCCCAGCAGAGACUUGCUCACUAUGGGAUCACCCCUCCCAUGCACACUUUUCCCUAUGAGAUUAUCCUCAGUGACGCCAACUUUUUGGGCGUCGCACGGAAGAAGUUUUCGAGUAUCGGAAAAUUAUCCAGAAUGAGCAUUUCCAAGGUGAAGGCAGACAGGUUUUUAUUUGAAGAUAGAAUUACUGAAUACUCAAUAAUUGAACCAGAAAAACAAUUCUUGGAUCUAAGGGAUCUGGAGUGGAAAUAUUACAAGGGGAUCACAAAGUGGAAACGCAAAACGUCAGAUGCAUUUGCAAAAAUACAGUACAACAGUGAGAAGAGGUUUAUAGAGAGCAAGGAGACACCUGGUAUUGUUUUCCCACCACUAGUUCGUAGGUCUUUGGUCAUUUAUCCUCAAAUUGAUUUUCCACCCAAUUUAACUUCUUAAAGUGAAAUAUAUAGCUUAUUGAAAAUAUUUUGGACGUAGAUUUUGCUCUUAAGAAUUUUGAACUUACACACAAAAAUUUAAGAAGCAGAUGCACCAUGGAACAUAGACCUGAUUCUAUAUGAUAUGCACAUAAGGUCCAAAAUUAAACCACUAAUAUGGAGUGAAAGAUCCACGCUGACCUUCUAGGGUGUAUAUGAAGGAGAACGCAAGUGAGAAUAGCUCUAUAACAUUUUUAAGCGCAUGAAAAAGUCCACUAUCAUAAAAAUAGUUGGUAAACUCAACAAAUGGGAAAAUUAAUACGUGAGGCUAUAGAGGCAAUUUGAGAACUUCAAAAUAUGUUAACAGCUCAAAGACAUGAGGAAGGAAAUAGCAUCUAUGAAACAAGAAUGGGAAGAGUUUAAAAAGAACACGUCGGAAAUCUUGGAAGUGAAAAACAUAGUAAUUGAAAAUAAAAUAAUGACAAUCCUCAAUAAGUUAUAUCAGUGGUAUGCCGGAUCUAUCUGAAAAGAGAAGGGAUUAAUGAGUUGGCAGGUAGCACUGGGAAAGAAGUUUCCAGAUCACAGCACCGUAAGAUAGAGGAGGAAGUCAUAAAAGAAGUUAAGGGUAAUGGAGGGUAGAAUGAGAAGUUCGGAAAUAUAUCCAAGGGAAGUUGCAGAAGAAGAUAAGGAGAAUGGAGAAAAGAUGACACUUGAAAAAAAAAAAAACAAAGAUCACUUUCUAGAAAUGAAGAAACACAUGAAAACUUGCAUUGAAAAAUCUCACUGAGCGAUUAGCAAGAAAAUAAAUCUACACUUAGAAAUGCCGUAGCAGAACCGAAGAGCAUUUAGCAAAAAAAGAAAAUAUAACCUACAAAAGAGAGAAGAUGGAUGACAAACAAAUGACAAAAUUGUGGUGAAACUCUCACUAACAACAGAAGUCAGAAGGUGAAGGUUUUAUAUACUCAACAUCCUGAGGGAAAUAACUGUCGAUCUGGAAUUCACCAACCAGCCAACUCUCUUUAAAAAGUAAGAGUAAAGUAAAUACUUGUUAAAACAUAGGAGAGCAAAAAAAAUUUAUUAUCCUUUACUGAAAAAACUACUAGCAAAUAUAGACAUUAGCAAGAACCCAGAGGGAGUGCAAGAAAAAGGGGUGAGCAAUUAAAUU